AUGGAUCGACCGAAUGCCCCGCAGCCCAAGAGGCUUGCACUUCAGCCAGAGUGGCGUGAGAAUCGCCUCUCUUUUGUAGGAGCAGUCGCGCCACUGUCGCCAGCAGGACUGCCGCAGAAGGCGACCAUCGAACAAUCCCCCUUGACCCAGGAUGUGCGGCCGGACGUAUUCGAGCCCAAGGUCGUCGGCCUCUACCGUAAUCUCUUCCCAGAAAUCGACGAUGAUGAGAGAGCAGAAGGCUAUUGGAAGGAACUAUUCCUCUUGAGGCCCGAGAUCACGAGGCUGCGUGAGAUUUUGGCGGAUACCGGCCCCGACUUUCUCCUGAGCAUCCAGCACCAAUCGCAACAGCUCCUCAUCCAUGCCAUAGCGCAGAUCAGAUCCGGCGAGCAAUCAGGAACGGAAAAUGCACUUGAUACAUUGGCAGUGUUCUUCAGUGUCGUCCUGGCAAAGAAAUACACCAACCCCAGUUCGGACAUCAUCGAAGUCUUGGCUGGACUGGACGAUGUCGAUGCCGUCUUUACCGAGCUCGUAACGACGCUCGAUCACUGUAUCAAAGACGGUGGAAGCUAUGAGAUCCGACAAAAAGCCGUUCGAACAACUCUCGCGGUCGUCUCGGGCGCCUAUCAAACCGUCUUGGUAUCUUAUUUCAUCAACAGAGACUUCUUCCCAGCUCUCAUGAAGUUGGUGAACCAACUCCAACAUCCGCCAGAUGCAGCAGAGCCGCUCCUCCUUGCCGGUCUCCUUGCCAAUUACAACAAGUUCGAGGUUCAGAACCAGUACAGCGUUCGCUUUGCAGAUUUUGUACAUGACGAGGCCAUGAAAAGCAUCAUUCAGGCAAUCUCGAGCACCAGCGCAAAUCUACGCCAGCAAUAUAUCGUCAUCCAAGACGAUACGCCGAUUGCGUGGAGCGUCAGUGGCACGCUCUCUUACGUUGGACUUGGAAAGCUUGCUGGCGCGAAGCCAGCCUCACCCGUGCUCCCUGAGCCUCAACAACGUGAGCUGCUUGCGGAACAGCCUGGCCUGGAAAUAUCCACACUUCUCACCCUCUACGACUUCGUCCUCUGCAACAAACUCUUCAGCCAUCACUUCGUCACAACGCCGAGCCUCGAUGGCUCACAGCCGCCACCCUUUAGCAUGUUCGUCUCCUUCAACUCAUAUCUUUACCAGCACGCAUUCCGCUCUUCGAGAGCGUCGACUUAUGCGUAUCUCACGCUAUUGGUACUCCUGAUACUCGUGGAGGAUACUACCACAGCCAAGUUGCUCUCCGAAACCUCAGCACCGGUGCGGCUGUGUAGACAACGGCCACCGCUCUUGCCUGCAAUCAACGGGGAACGAACUUACGCUACAGCCAUCAUCGACCUCUUGACGGACGGAAUCAAUCAUAACCUCCGGAAAAAGCUGGACAGCAACUUCUACCUGCAAAGUCUCAUAGUCCUCAGUCGGCUGCUCACAUACCUUGCCAAGACUCGCACCAAAUUCACCUAUCAUUGGUCCGAACUCUGGCGCUCGUUGCUCUCCUUUGUGCGCUUUCUGACGGCGUACGAAGAAGAUGUACGGAGACUAAGUCGUGCCACAGAAGUCGUGCACGCAUUGAUGGACGUCUUGAUCAUCGCAUUAACCGGUGGCGAGAAUUUCUUGCCCGACGCGGCGGCUUAUGAUGAUCUAUUCUACAAGUUGGUCGAGUCCGGCGAAGUGCUGGUCAAGCUUCGCGACACCUACUCCAUUGCCACAGGAUCGGAGAGGAGCCCGAUCAACACUUUGAUCUCCGUCUCGCAGCACUACAAAGAGAUGAUCGAGAGCCAACGCUCGAAGAAGCAGCAUUUGAGCCCGCGAGAGGUGAAUAAGAUCAUCAAGCAGGGCUACGAGACGCUGAGUUUCGACGUGAAAGAUGAGGCGGAUCAAGCCGCUGCCAAGUACAGGGAAGUUCAGUACAAGACGGAACUGAAACGGAUUGCAAGAGUCGUCGUCGCAGAUGCAGCCGCUUGGGCCGCUAAAUGA